CCUGAGUCAGAUAAUUUACGAUUUUCCAACUGUAAAUACGAAAAACUCCGCGAACUCUAAAGUUUUAUAAAGAUAUAUCUUUAUAUAUAUCUUUCCAAGUAUUAUUUCUAUUGGCAUUUAAAAUAAGAGAAAGGGAUAAGUGCUAUGAAGACCCAUGGAAAGUAUGGAGUAACAGCCAUGGCAGCUGCCCAGGCUCUAUGCGAGGAUGUGAGGAACUUUAGUACCCGUCGAAGGAACAUUAUGUAUCUGAUGCAUCGUUAUCUGGUGGAGAAUGGCUUCUAUUCCAGUGCCGAGGCCUUGAAAUCCGAGGGUAGCCUCUCCGAGGAGUACGAACUGUGCGACAAUAUCGACUUGGAUGGCAUGUAUCUGGAGUACGCCAGCUUCUUUAACAUGAAGUUUGGCAAGUAUCCCAAGAUACUCAAGAAAGUUGGACCCAAAAUCAAGGUGGAAAUGGCAGGCAAAGGACAGCCAAAGCAGCAGGAAAAGUCCGAGAAACCAGAGAAGCUAGAAAAGUCAUCGACAAAGUCACCAAAUGAAGUGGGUUCCCUGGCCAAUUGGCACAUGGGCGUGGGAGCAGCCAAAGUGGCAGCCUCCGUGAGCCUAAAUUCCCAAUCUCAAUCCAACUCUCAAACGGAUAAUGUGAAUAAUCCUUUGCAAAUCAGAAAAAUGGAGACACCAGUGGAGAACGAUAACUUGCCCAAAUUGGUGGGUGAAAUAGAGCAUGGCCACCUGGGCGGAGAUGAUUCACUGUUCGCCUCCAUGGACUGGCAAUCGCUGGCCGAGUUGGUCAAGACUUCGAUAUUGCGAGAGGAGAUUAAUCUACGUUGGUCCGAUGUCUGUGGCAAUCAGCGUGCCAUUGAGCUAAUCAAGGAGGCUGUGAUCACGCCCAUCGAGUAUCCACAGCUCUUUGCCCAUGGUCUGAAGCCAUGGCGUUCCCUGCUCCUCCAUGGACCACCAGGCAGUGGCAAAACCUUUCUGGCCAAGGCUUUGUACUCGGAGACCCGUGGUCAGGUGACAUUUUUCAAUAUCACAGCCAGCAUUAUGGUGAGCAAGUGGCGUGGUGAAUCGGAGAAGAUUCUUCGAGUUCUCUUUCACAUGGCAGCAAAGAGAGCUCCAUCUGUGAUCUUUCUGGACGAGAUUGAGAGCUUAACCUCCAAGAGGGAUCGGGUCACAGAUCAUGAGAGCUCUAAGCGGUUUAAGAAUGAGCUCCUCCAACUUCUUGAUGGCAUGGAACACACUCUGAAAGGUGUCUUUGUUUUGGCCAGCACCAAUUUACCCUGGGACAUUGAUGAGGCCUUUCUCCGGCGCUUUGAAAAGAAACUACUGGUUCAGUUACCCAAUCAGGCAGAGAGAAGCUCCCUCAUUGGACGUCUCCUUGGCACCAGCAUCUCGAUGACACCCAAAUUGCUAGAGCAUUUGGUGCAAAUCUCGGAUCAAUUUACAGGAGAUGAGAUACGUCUGGCCUGCAAGGAGGUUAGCAUGCAUCGUGUACGAUGUGCGACCAAUAAGGUUCCAGGAGCCUCGAAGGACUCACAGGUCGUGAGUGAGGCCAAUGUGGAGAAGGCCUUCAAGAUGGUGCGUCCUCUAGGACAAAAGCUAUUGGCCAAACAUGAGCAAUGGCAGCAGGAGAAUGGCUCAUAAUCAUUUAACUUACCCUAAUUAAUUGUGAAAUCUAGAUUGGUUAA